AUGUUGUAUGAUUUACUUGAAGAAGAGAGGCUAAAUGGCGCGUUCCUUGAAGCCGAAAACGUUGCACUUCAAGAGGUCUUCUAUAGGAUUGAUGAGAGAGACCAGUUCUUGGGAAAGUUCAUUGCUGACAACAACUUCCUCAGAAGCAUCUAUGAAGCUAACAAGGAGAAGAUUAACUUGACAGAUGAGCAACAACAACAGAUGGCCGCCGUGUACAAGAACUUGAAUUACUGGGAGGAGUUGAAGAAAACACCAGAGAACCUCUUAAGGGAGCAGAAGUACAAAGAGUGGAGCGCAAUGUUUCAAGUUAAAACAUCCAAUGGAAAGUCCUCAAACCAUGAAUCUAAAGAAGAUAAUGUGCAAGAAGGUGAAACUGAUGGAGAAGAUAAUGUAGGUGACAGUAAAGCUACAGAAAAUGUAGGUGAAACUACAGAAGCUGAUGAGGAAGAAGAUAAUGUAAGUGACCUUAAAGGUGCAGAAAGUGCGGGUGAUACUAAAGAAGAUGAUGAGGGAGUCAGUGAAACAAAAAAUGAGGGAGUAAAUCUAAAUGCCGAUGAGAAAAUGCAGGUGAGCGAAGAAAUCUCUAUUGCUGAAGAGGAAACACCAUUAAAUGCAGUGAAGGAGCCGAUUGAAAGGAAAAAUUCAGGCGAGGUAAAUAUGCCAGAUAGUUAUGAAGAGUUGAUGCAGGAUGUGGACAUUGAUGGUAUAACUGGCAGAUAUUUAGCUGACAUAGCGCAAGUAAAAGACGAUAUACAAGAAGAACCAAAAGCAAGUCCAGUGGAGAAAGGAACAGUUGCAAUGAAGGAAGAAGAAAAAAAGGCAAGUCCAGUUGCGCCAGUGGAGGAAGUGCAAGUUGCAAUGGAGGAAGAAUAA